AUGACCUCUCUAUUCAAGUACCUCUGGGGCUCCAGUACUUCACAAGCUUCUUCACCCAGCCCUCAGUCCACCAUCGCAGACAUAAUCUUCCCUUCUGGUCUCUACAUCAUCCGCAACGUCGCAACGGACACAGUAGUCGACCUCACAGGUGCUCAUCGACAGGAUGGCACUCCAGCUGUCGGCUGGCACUACCAUGACGCAAAGCACCAAAAAUGGCAAAUUGCCUCCGCAGGCCAUAACCAGUUCUUCAUCCUCAACGAUGCAACAGGAACAUACCUGACUGCUGACGCACAACCAACAGGAGGCGUAGUCCUCACGACCGGAAGUCUCGUAUCACCUACUAACAAACGAGCGAGAUGGACCAUUGAGUCUGCAGAGACGAAACAUGCCUAUACUAUCCGCUCCGUAGCCGAUCCCUCCCAUGUCCUGGACCUCUCCUUCUCAGACUCAAAGAACGGAACCCCGAUCCUUAUCUACUCCGACCACGGGACUAAAAACCAACAAUGGACCCUCGAACAACUUGACGCUGCUCCCCCGCCAGGUGUGAUCAAGAAUACCCCCGUCGGGGGGGAGGGUGGGACCCCCUUUGAAGAAUUCAAAUAUGUUCCAGUUAGGGUUGUAGAAACCUGGAGCGGAGAGGUGGAGGAUGAGACUGUUGUGCGCGGAUUGCGGUGGACGUGGGAUGAUGGAAGUCAGAGUCAGCUUUAUGGCGCUGAGAAGGGGGAUCAUCAGGUGCUUGUUGUACCGCCCGGUGGGAAGGUGAAGGAGAGUUCUGUUAGUUCGGGGAAGAGGGUUGAUUCGAUUGUGAUUGUUACGAAAGAUGGGAAGAAGUUCAAGGCAGGUGGUGAUGGGGGUGAGGAGCAUAAGCAGGAUGUUGGGGAUGGGGUUUUGGUUGGGUUUGAUGGGGCUUCCGGGUUGGAUGUUGAUCGUGUUGGGUUGAUCUUUUUGAAGAAAGACGGGGGUUUUGGAGUUACCUUUGGCAUUUUGAAUUGA